CCACGGACAAGCAUGGCCGCCACCGCCGCCGUCAGCCCCAGCGAGUACCUGCAGCCCCCGGCCAGCGCCCAGGACUCGCAGCCGUCUCCGCUGGCCCUGCUCGCAGCCACGUGCAGCAAGAUCGGGCCGCCGGCGGUGGAAGCCGCCGUCGCUCCUCCUGCUCCUCCUCAGCCAGCGCCUCGCAAACUUGUCCCCAUCAAACCUGCUCCGCUGCCCCUGGGCUCCGGGAAGAACAGCUUUGGGAUCCUGUCGUCCAAAGGAAACCUCUUCCAGAUCCAGGGCUCUCAGGUUGGCGCCUCCUACCCCGGGGGGCAGCUGGUUUUCGCCAUCCAGAACCCGGCAGUGAUCAACAAAGGGGCCCGCUCGUCCACGAACAUCCAGUACCAGCCCGUGCCCCAGAUCCAGGCGGCGGGAGGACAGGCCAUCCAAGUGCAGCCCAACCUCCCCAACCAGAUCCAGAUUAUUCCGGGCACGAACCAAGCAAUCCUCGCRCCUUCCUCUUCCUCUCACAAGCCCGUGCCCAUCAAACCGGCCCCGGCGCAGAAGGGGGCAGCUUCGCCAGCACAGGGCGCGAGCAACGUGGUCAAACUGAGCGGCGGCAGCAACGUGACUCUCACGCUGCCCGUGAACAACCUGGUGAGCGCCGCCGAGCCCGGCGCGCAGGCCCAGCUCGUUGCCGAGAGCCCCUCGAAAGCCAGCAAAAAGCCCCGAAAGAAAGUCAUGUCGCCAGCGCAGCCCGUGGCCGUGGCCGAGCAGGUGGAGACGGUGCUCAUAGAGACCACGGCGGAGAACAUCAUCCAGGCGGGCAACAACCUGCUGAUCGUGCAGAGCCCGGGCUCGGGGCAGCCGGCCGUGGUGCAGCAGGURCAGGUGGUGCAGCCCAAGCAGGAGCCGCAGGUGGUGCAGAUCCCGCAGCAGGCGCUGCGCGUCGUCCAGGCCGCCUCCGCCACCCUCCCCACCGUCCCCCAGAAAUCCAGCCAGAACUUCCAGAUCCAGGCGGCGGAGUCCACCCCUACACAGGUCUACUUCAAAACGCCCUCGGGAGAGCUGCAGACCGUGCUGCUCCAGGAGGCCUCGGCCGUGACGGUGGCUCCGUCGGGGACGUCCUGCAGCAGCCCCGUGUCGCGCGGCGCCGGCAGCGGCGCGGCGGGCGGCGCCAAGAAGGCGGCCGCGCGCAAGGAGCGCCCGCUGCCCAAGAUCGCGCCCGCCGGCGGCGUCAUCAGCCUCAACACGGCGCAGCUGGCGGCCGCGGCGCAGGCCGUGCAGACCAUCAACAUCAACGGCGUGCAGGUGCAGGGCGUGCCCGUCACCAUCACCAACAGCGGAGGCCAGCAGCAGCUGACGGUGCAGAACGUGUCCGGCAACAACCUGACCAUCAGCGGGCUGAGCCCGACCCAGAUCCAGCUGCAGAUGGAGCAGGCCCUGGCCGGGGAGCUGCAGCCGGGCGAGAAGAGGCGGCGCAUGGCCUGUACCUGCCCCAACUGCAAGGACGGCGAGAAGAGGCCGGGGGACCAAGGCAAGAAGAAGCACAUCUGCCACAUCCCCGAGUGCGGGCGCACCUUCCGCAAGACGUCGCUGCUGCGCGCRCACGUGCGCCUGCACACGGGCGAGCGCCCCUUCGUCUGCAACUGGGUGUUCUGCGGCAAGCGCUUCACGCGCUCCGACGAGCUGCAGCGGCACGCGCGCACCCACACAGGUGACAAGCGGUUCGAGUGCGCCCAGUGCCAGAAGCGCUUCAUGCGGAGCGACCACCUGACGAAGCACUACAAGACCCACCUGGUCACCAAGAACUUGUAGGGGCGGGAGGUGCCGCG